AUGAGUGAUCCGGUCUCAGCCGCCCAGGCAGGGAAUAGGACGUUCCUGAGGGUGGCCGUCGAGGAAUGGGGAACGUGGGUGAGAGUGCGAGCUGGCCAGGACGGGAGACUGGCCAUCACAGGUCCAAUGGCCAACAUUUUGCACGUCUUUGCCGAGAAGAUGAAUUUCGAUUACGAACUGGUCCAGCCUCCAGAUCACGUGUGGGGCGUUCCUCUCCCUGAUGGCAACUGGACCGGGAUGCUGGGGAUGCUGCAACGUCAGUGCCGUACUGUAAAGGUGCUAUGUUAUAUUAUGCUAGUUGUAUAUUAUGAGGUGGAGUUCGCCCUAGGCCCCUUCGGCGUGACGUCCUCGCGCGAGACCGUGUGCGACUUCUCCGUGCCAGUCAAGACGGAGAACUCGGCCAUCCUGGUGGUGAGGCCGGCGCAGCAGAGCGACGUCUCGGGGUUCCUCAAGCCCUUCACGAUCUCGGUGUGGCUGCUGAUCCUGGCCAGCGUCGUGGCGGUCUUCGUGGCCUUCGCCUGCGUGAUGGUGGCCGAGGGAAAGCUCUUCUGCAGGAGCCCCAAGAACCCUCUGUCUUUGUCCGCUCUCUGGGUGGUCAAGGCGCUCACGCAGGAAGUAACGUCGCUUUCCUUGUCCGUCUCCCGCCCGCCGCGAUGCCCAGGCACCGAGUGGCUACCGAAGACGGACGGCGCACGCGUGGUGGUGGCGACGUGGCUGCUGGCGUCCCUCGUGUUCAUGUCGUCCUACAGCGGCAUCCUGACGGCCAUGCUGACGGUGCCCCGCGUGGACAUCCCUAUCGACUCCAUGCGCGACCUCGUCACGCAGACGGACAUCCCGUGGCGGCUGGAGUCCGGUUCGUGGAUGCUCCAGUACUUCCAGGAAGCUCCUGACGGCGUCCGGCAGCGCAUCUACGAAGGCCACACCGGGACCUUCCCCGACUGCUGGGCGGCGCGAGGACCCAUCUCCAGGGGCGAGUACGCCGCCCUCUGCGACCACACCACCAUGAAGAAGGCCAUGUCGUGGGACUUCAGCACUUCGGGCUCGUGCCACCUGUACAUCUCCCGAGAGGUGAUCCACAGCUUCAACCUGGCCGUCGCCUUCAGGACUGCCUCGCCGUAUAAGGAGGAGGGAGACUACUGGAUCCAGAAGCUUAAGGAAUCGGGCAUCCUGGACAUGUGGCUGCAGAACGAGAUCGUCAACACCUCCCAGUGCCUGAAACCUCCUUCGGCAGACAGGUCCUCGCAGGAUAUCUCCGCCCUCGACCUCGAGUCCUUCUUCGGGCCGAUGUUGGUCCUUGCUGCCGGACUGUGCUUGGCUUUGGCGGCCAUCAUCGUGGAAGGCGCAGUGAGAUUCUUCGAGGGACAGUCUUCGGCAUCAGUUGGACAGGACGAGGAACACACGACGGGGGUGGGAGGAGCUUACUCCUGA